AUGUCCUCUUACACCCCUCACUUGCACGAUCCCUUCGUGAACCCCUCUAUUACAGGCAGCGAAGAGGAAACACCCAGCUGCGAAAAACAAGCCCAUAUGACUAGCAAAGGAUCAGGUCAAGAAGUUAAAUCUGGCUCUCCAUGUAGUGAGAGUGAUAUAUCGACCCUAAAACCCUAUCACUCUGGCAACUCUCGAGAACAGGAAGAGAAUCGCAAAUAUGAUACUUCCCAGGAGCCUAAAAAUCUUAAUUCCCCCAUGACCCAGCCACCUAGUCGUAUUCCUCGUGGACCAGUCUUUCAGAGACAAGGCCAGGAAUCAGUUGUUACUUCACUGAAAGGGGGUCGAGUCAUCUCAGAGCAGCGCAGCUCAAUCCCAAUCCCAAUCCGGAGUCCUGAGCGUCUGAACAGUCGUUCAAAGACGCCGGGUGAAGGGUUUUCUGGUGGCAUUCGAGUAAUCGAGAAGCCUCGUGGUCCUCGUCCCCACAUUUUGGCUGAGCAGAAGAAAGACUCAGUUCCGAGCUCGGUUGAAGAAGCACCCAAUCAGCCGAAAGAAAGCAUCACGUCUUCCUCAGCACCAUUCGGUGGUUGGGACCUUGGAGAGGAAAUGCCCAAGCGACCCACCAAUGUGUACACUGGUGAAUACCGUACUCGUCCUGCCCUCAGAAUUGCUCCUUCAGCCGAGAAGAUUAUUAUGGGUUCGGAUAGCCCUAGCAGCAUGUAUGCAGUCACACAACGAUCGAAUCCAACCCUCGUUCAGUAUCCGGAUACACCUAAACAAAGCCUUAAGAAAGGUCGUAACACUGACGAUACAUCAGGGACCUUAGGAUACAGUAAGCAAGACAGCAACACCUCUGGAGGCAACCCGGUGACUCUGCCAUCCAACCCUCCCCAAACGUCGCUCGAGACAACCCCAAAGAGGGACACCAGUGGCCGCCAAUUUUCAAUUCCCCGCAAGCCUGUCAACAGUCCAAGCCUAUCGUCUCUUUUUACCCCCAGCCCCGAGAGUAUGCAGUCUGCCCCUCCCAUACCAAAACUCCCUGAGUCAUACAAGGCCUUAAUGAAAGAAAGCAUGGCAUCUGGCCCAGUAACUCCGAAAAAGACUGCUUCUCCUGGAGCCAAGAAAUUUGGGCAAAGUCCAGGAGAGAGUGAAAGUGAGAUGACAAUCAAGCCUCAAAACAAACGGACAGCGUCUCUACAAGCCGUGUCCGACUUCCCCAUUUACGAUGCGCCACGCUCAGUCCAGCACAGGACAUUCGACGACAUCGUAUCACAAAGUCCUAGCCAUAAUAUGACGCCUCAAAGCGCUAGGAUCCCUGAUUUACGGAGCAACCGUAUGCUUGAUGGCUUUCGAAAUAUGUUCAAGCAUAGAAGCAUUGUGGAUAAGGAUGAAAAGGGGCCUAACGAAACAUCUGGCCUUGCAAUCGAAGACCCGAACUCCAGUAGUGCGAAGCUUAUCACAAGUUCCGAAUGCAGCAAGCUCGACUCUGGAAGGACAGGACCUAAGGCAAGCGCCAAGCACCAUAAGUUGUCUGAGGGUUGGAACAAAAAUCUGCGCCUCCCUAUACCAUCAGCAGACAGGCACAAGAGGCCUACAAUCUCGGCACCCAUCCCAAUAACUCCUGAAAACAUGCCUUCAUUCGCCCGAUCUACAAUGGCAGCACGCACCAGGGCCGUCACUAGUCCACGUGGACAAUCAGCUAUCGCUCCUCAAGGUCCGGCACGCAGGACUCACACAGUGGCUGCCACCACUGGGAGUCCUCAGCGCACUAGUCGCCCCAGCAAAGGAAUCGACGCAAUCAUGUCGCCUGUGCCGAAGCAAACUAACCUACCGCCUUCUGCGGGGCUGACUGAACUGGAUACCAUCACUUCUCAGACGAAAGCUCCUCAGAUUGAGAGAAGUGCCUCCAGCUCGCUGUCUAAGACCCUGGAUGAGAUCCACUCUUGUGUGGAACAGCUCUGCAACAGAGCGCGGGAUGAGAGCACUCCGAGUAAGCGGGAAAGAAACCUCCGCAUGGCGUUGUCGUUGCAGCAGCAAGUCAGUGAUUACAACAGCAUCGACAGGGAAGUCACGGAGGCUGAAGCAUUGGUGUCCAAGAAACGCACGGAAAAAUGCCUCGCUGAAAACAUCCUCUCCUUCCACAAUUCUCUUAAGCAUAUGACUACCAGGGGUCAGCUUCGAUGUUGA